AUGUGUCCUGGUGUUUUAUCUGAACCAGCUGAAGUUGUCUCAGGAGUGCCUCAGGGCUCAGUCCUUGGGCCCCUACUAUUUUUGAUAUACAUAAAUGACAUCCAUCUUCAUGUUAAACAGUCAACUACCGAUAUGUUUGCAGACGACACUUCCCUUACUUUCUACUGGAAAGUAGAUCUUCUGAUACAUUUAGAAGAUAGAAAGAGCAUUGUAAAAGUCUGGAGAAAUAAGCAGGAGAUAUUUAAGAAUUGCUAUUUUUCUCUAUAUUUACAGGGUCGGGAAUAUACGGAACAGUUUUUACUGGAGUAUCAAAGAGAAGAUGGUGGAGAAUGGAUGAGGUUCAGGAAUAAACUGGGAGAGGAGUUGUUUAAAGGAAAUGAGAACCCGUAUUUGACGGAGAUGAGGCAGGUGUCGCCACCUAUUAUUGGGCGUAGAAUACGAUUUAUUCCAUAUAGCAAGACUUUAAGAACUGUCUGCAUGAGGGUAGAAUUAUAUGGUUGCAUUUGGCAAGAUGGGGUUGUUCAGUAUAAUGUAAGACAAGGUGAUCGUAGAGGAACAGAGCUGGAUUUUGUUGAUUUUACAUAUGAUGGUAUGAGACAAGAAAGUUUCCUACUAGAUGGUUUAGGACAGUUGACUGAUGGAGAGACUGGGGAUCAUAACUUUAGACUCGACAAUCAAGCUAUUGGCAUAAAAGGGUAUGAGUGGGUAGGAUGGAGAAAUGAUUCACAGGAAUUUCAGGGACCACUUAUCAUAACAUUCAAGUUUGACCAAGUUCGUAACUUCUCAAAAGUUCUAAUAAACUGUAACAACUUCUAUUCAAAAGAUGUCAGGGUCUUCAAGAUGGCAUUAAUAUACUUCUCUGUGGGUGGCAACCUUUACCAGAACCAACCAAUCAAAUUUGACUUUAUAAGAGACAAUAUUGUAGAAUAUGCUCGUCCGGUAAUGAUCCGGUUAAACCACAAUAUAGGAAAGUAUGUCCGGUUACAACUGUACUUUGAUGCCAAGUGGAUGAUGAUAAGUGAAAUACAAUUUGUGUCUGAACCAGCUAAAGGUAAUUACACAGAGGAAGUUCCGCCACCGACCCGUCAACCACCACAUAUAUUCCCGAAACCUAACAAUGGUAAUCAUAAUCAUGAAGUUGACCUGGAUGGUUAUGAAAACAAACCUGGAAAACAUGACAAACCAUCAGAUAGCGGACCUGAAAAAGCACCUGACCAGAAGAACCCGGGCACCGAUAUAUUCGGUAUUAUCAUCGGAUCAUCGGCUGCCCUCAUUACAAUCCUGGUCGCCAUCGUGAUUUUCAUUAUAUUUCGACAUCGGAUAAAAAAGAAGAAAAACAACCGUCGUUUGAAAGCGGCAAUGACCGAUAACCACAAUACCAUUUCAAUCAAUUUAUCAGAUCUGCGGAAUUCAGCCAAUGGAAAAAUGUUAAACGGGAACCUGUAUAAUGGAGUGCCAGCUACUGAUAUGGAUUCCGAUCGUGAAUGUUGUAGUGAUCGUAGUAAGUCCAAUGAAGGUCAGGACUAUGCUGUGCCAGAUGUCACAAAGUCAGCUCUGAUGGUGACAUUUCCUCACUCACGUCAGAAUAACUCACAGACUAACAAUCUGGACAAACCUCCGCCGCAGUAUGAUGCCCUGUAUGCUGCCUCCGACAUAAUUAAUUCACAAGUACCAAAUAUACCAUCAUUACAGGGUGUGAGUGGUAACAAUGUGUAUGCUGUACCCAAUGCUGAAUUGUUACUUAGUAUAGAUGUAACAGUUAAUGAAUUUCCUCGUGAAAAUCUUCGCUUUAUUGAAGUUCUCGGAGAAGGACAAUUUGGAGAGGUACAUCUAUGUGAGGCUGUAAACAUAAGUAAUAUAAAUGAGGAUGAGAUAUUCCUGAAUAGAACAAUGACUAGGCCAUGCCUUGUGGCUGUAAAAAUCUUACGCAAGAAUGCUGAGGACAGAGCAAGGAAAGAUUUCUUGAAGGAGAUCAAGAUUAUGUCCCAGUUAAAGGACCCAAACAUUGUGAGGGUGUUAGGGGUGUGUACUGGAGAGGAGCCCCUAUGUAUGAUUGUAGAGUACAUGAAAUAUGGGGACCUCAACCAGUUCUUACUGGAUCACGUCCUGGAGACCCCUUCAGCCCAGGCUGUUAAUGCAAGAAUACUCAGUUAUGGUUGUUUGAUCUAUAUGGCAUCGCAGAUUGCAACAGGAAUGAAAUAUCUGGAAUCACUAAAUAUGGUUCAUCGAGAUCUGGCCACUCGUAAUUGUCUAGUCGGUACAAAUUUUACCAUCAAGAUUUCUGACUUUGGAAUGAGUCGAAGUCUGUACAGUGCAGAUUAUUACAGGAUUGAAGGACGGGCAGUUUUACCAAUUAGAUGGAUGGCCUGGGAAUCUAUUUUACUUGGGAAAUUUACAACAAAAUCUGAUGUUUGGUCAUUUGGAGUUACUUUGUGGGAGAUACUGACAUUUGCCCGUGAUCAACCAUAUGAUAACCUUAAUGAUGAUCAAGUCAUCGCAAACGCAGGACAUUUUUAUAGAAACGAUGGACAGCAGUUAUUACUUCCUCAACCGAUUGUUUGUCCACGUGAAAUUUAUGAUAUGAUCGUAGAAUGUUGGAAUAGAUCGGACUGUGAACGACCCACCUUCAAAGAUAUUCACAUGUUCUUGUUACGUAAAAACAUGGGGUACAAUCCCAAGGAUGAAAAGAUGAACCAAAUUAAAAUUCCAGUGUGUUAACAGCUAUUGUGAUUUGUGGAUGUUAAAUAUUCUAAUGCACCCAGCGGCUACUAAAAAAGUGUGCUAUAUUUAUGAUUCGGGAAGAGUCAGUAACUGGAGCGCUCAAAUCUUCAGUAAAUUGUGCAAUGUUGUUUUACCGCCAAUUGUGAUCUAUAUUUCACAGACAUUAUGUGAUUUGCUAUUCACAGUAUUUUUUAUUUUAAAAUAACGCCAUUAUGAUAUGAAUCAACUAUGAAGGAAAGGGCGACACCAGUUUAGAGUCAGUUUCCUGGGCUAACGUCUUACGUGGUCUAGUUUACGAGGAUGACUCUGGGCGUCUUUAAAAGCAUUAUUUUGUGUUAGUCAGAAGAUUUUAUUUAUACCAGUUUUAUUUGAAAUACAACUAUCAUAAUCAUUGCUUUUGACUUGAAAUCAUCUAUUGAAGUGAUUCUAGUUGACACUAGGAUUUGGUUGACCUAGUGACCAUGUACUGUGCUGAACUCAAAUCUUCAUUUAGUCAUAUAAUACUUUCUCUAUGUGGUCAUUUAAACCAUAAAAUGGUUGUAAGAUGAAAUAUACCAUGUGAGAUAAAGGAGUUGGUAUUUGUGAAAAUAUUUGAUGGAAUUUAUUUGGAUGUGUGUUUUAAAAAGUAUAUGUGUGUAUAUAUGUGCAGAAAAUUCAAUACAUGUAUAUAGGUACACACUGUGUGGGAUGCUAUACACAGCGUUCUACAUGAUAUUCACAUACACGGAAUAUUUAUGUUGUUCUGUGUAAUAUAGUUUAUUAACAAAGUCUAUGAUCAGAGGAAAUCCAAAUGACACAAAUUUACUUCAACAGGAUGUUAUUAUUCCAGACUGGAUUACACUAAAUGUUAAAAGUUGACUGGUUCUUUAUCAGAGGAUAGCAUAGUUUCGGAUAUAUUAAUUUUUGUAUUAAGUAUAUAAGUUGUAAAUCAACAAAAAUCAUGUAUGUUCAUUGGUUCUAAUAUUAUCUAGUUACCAGCAGCUUUGAUACUUCAAUAUGAUGUAAUAGGCCGACAGUUCAAUUCUUUAAGGUCAAUCUGAUAAACUCUGCUAUUAAUAUGAAAAAUAAGUCUUUAAUCAGAACUUAAUUAUAACUUUCAGUCUAUAAUAGCUUCAUUAUAAUAGUAUUUACCUAUUGUUUGACUUCUACAGUGUCAUAUUUCACAAAAUGUGAUGUAUAUUACUGUCAUGCUUAACAGGUUUGGUUAAAUGUUAUGUGACAAUUUUGAUGUCACUGAGUUCUAUGUGACAUAUGAAUUAUUGUAGACUGGUUUUGUUUUAUGUCAUGUGACUGGUUUUGUUUUAUGUCAUGUGACCUGUAUUAAUGUUAUACGUACAUGUAUAUCACAGUAUGUAACUGUUUUUUAUGCUGCCAUAUUUAAGAAGUUACUAUAACUGGUAUUGUUUGUGGGAUGUAGGGAUAUUGCGAUUUGUGUGCUGUUUUCUUUACAAAGUUUGUCAUAUAAAUAUAUAUAUAUCUGUAAUUUUCAUUUUUAGCCUUAAGCUUGUUUGUUUUCCACCAUGGCUUCACAUAAAAAAUAUGAUUGUGUUAGAAGAAUUAUAUGACAAAGCAAAAUUGGAAUUUUUUAAAGUAGUUCUGAUUUUGACCUGCUUUCUUUAGUUCUUAGUUAUUUUGAAAAUUUCUUGAAGACUGGAAAUUAACUUUGAUAUCUUUCUAAGCAAAAUAUUUCUUGGCUUAUGUAUAGAAUUUUUAACAUGGUACUUACAUUUUGGCUUGAUUGUCAUAAAUUUGUGAUUUUCUGUUAAAAUUAUUGUUUUGAAGGAAAAAAGAUCUAGACUACAACAUAAAUAUUUUGUUUUUUUACUGCUGUAAUUCUUAGAUUGCCAGACAAUAUCAUUGAAUUAAUGAGUCAAAUGAGAAUUGCCGUCUGCUAGCAAAACAAAAAAUGAUGCCUAUAAUUAUCUAAAGAAUGAUUAUAUGUAAUGCUUACAGGCAUUUCUGAGAUGUAAGAAAACAACAAUACUGAUAUCCCUUAAAUCAAUAAUGGACUGAUCCAGGUUGGGGAUGGGGAAAGUCCAUUAUAUGCUGCUAUAUUACAGAUGUUCAACAAAUUAUGUAGAUUAGAUAGACUGAAUCUCAUGAUGUAUCAUACAUUAUAUGUCAAUUUAGAUAUUAGAAAAUGAGGAAAUAUUUAGCAAAUUAUUUUCUUUCUCAUUAAAAUAGGCCUACAGUUUAUCAGGAUAUGCUCUUUGGCUUUAUAUCACCAUAGCUGAUUGUUUUUAGCAUCAAAUGGUCAAGAAUGACUUAAUACUGUCCUUCACUACUGUCCUUUACAAAUGUUAACAAAUGUGCUAAGUUAAGGAUUUUUCCCAACACUUGAGCAUAUAAUAAUUCUAUGUUAUAUUAUAAUUUCAAGACUUCAUUAAGUACAGCUUGUUUGAUAUAAACUGUGUCAGACUGGCAGUACAACUUCCUGACAAACACUGACACACAUUUAAUGCCACUUCAAUUUGUCUAGAAAAAACUGUUGAAAUUGCAAGUUUGUUGACAUUUCUUUAAAGAUUUGACAAAAAAUUCUGAAGAGAGUUCAUUUUUUCUCCAGGAUUUUGUUUUGAAAACAGUAAGUGUAAGUUUCUGUUUGAAAGGCAGAGAAAGUUUCCCAGUAAUAUCAGUUAGAAAUCUUGAUAAAACUUCAAAUAUGUCAUGCUUUAUACAUGAGCAUACUAAAUCAUUGUAAUAUCCAACUGAAAUGUGUCAGUUACAGAAAUAAAGAGUGUAGCAAGAUUUUUGUACUUAUGUUUCAGUGAAGCCCCACUUUCUAUACACAACAUUUCAUACCAAUGACAGUGAUGUAUUUUUUUAGCUAGCCCAAACUCCCCAUUGCCCUAUUGUCUUAAAUUUUGCAGAGUUGAUAUUUUUCACUUGGAGAAUAAGAUGCAUUUUGUUGAAAGAUAAAUGAAAUGGUUGAAUCUUCUGACCAGGAUUUUUUUUCCAAUCUAAUUUUAGAGUCUUAAAAUGUGGAUAAAGAUUGUUUUCUGCUUCUGACAUAUGUUAAAAAAUGUUUAUUUUGCAAAAAACGCUUAUUUUACUAUUACAGAAGUUGAAAUAAUCUCUGUUUUAUUCACAAGAAUCAUUUUUUUGUUCCUAUGGAGCCCUUUUCUUGUUGUUAUUGUUUUUCUGCUUAACAUGUUUGUUGUGUAUAAUAGCACACCAAUAUAUUGCCCCUAGAACUACACACCUGCCCGUCUUACUGUAAGAAAUAAAAACCUUAGUUUGCUAUCUGGCUAAGUAAGAAUGGAGGAAGCAAAAAUUUACUGUAAUUUACAGUUAAUGACAUCUCGGAACAAGGUGUUGACAGUCGGUUAAAAAAUAUUGAUAUGCUGUCGACAUGCAGUUGCACGCUGAUUUUCUGUUGCGUUAAAUGAGGCUACAUUUGCGGUGAUACGAUGUAGUAAAACAUGCGGAGAAAAUAUCUGUAACAUGUGUACUGGUAUAAAAAAUGUUAGAGUAUUAUGGCAGAUUGUAUUUUUUACAAACUAUUUCAAACUGAAAAUUACCAAGAUAAAACACAAGCUAACAUCUGUGCCGAUUAGUUAUGAAAUGCAUGAAAAUUUCUCAAAGUAGGAAUUUAUGAAGUGUUGCAGUUAUUAUUCCAUUCC